AUGAACCUUUUCUAUUUCCUUCUUUUCUUCGCCACAUUUGUGUUAGCUCAAGAUACUUCAGAUGCACCUUCGGAUCAACCAGAUGCUUCGGACGAUGGAUCUGCUGGAGUCAAGACGACGACCUCAAAGUCAUCUCUUCUCCAGCCUGAGUUCUUUGUUCUCACUGUGGCAACUUACUUCGCCGGACUAUUCCAACUUUAA